AGUUCCUUCCCCCCGCGGCGGUGGGGCCGCGGCCCGGGCUGGGGGCGGGCGGCGCCGGGGCGCGGCUGUCCCGCUCUCUCCCCGCCUGCGGAGCCGGCUGGCGGCACGGGGCCGGGAAGCAAGAGGCGGAGGGGUGGUGGCUCCCGGAGGGGCGGGCGCCUCCUCCGGCCCUCACUCGGUGAGCCCGAGGGACUCCUCGCCGGGCACUGCCGCCGGAGCUCCGCGCCUGCGGGGCCUUUGGCUCGCUCCGGUUCAAGGAUUAUGUUGUACUAGGUGGAAGGAGUGUUCUUCAUCAGUGACUUGGACUGUUUCAAGCAUUUUUAUGUGCACAGGAAUUAAGAUGGAUGAAAUGUUUCAUUGGUCAUAGCAGCAGCAGAAUAAGAUGCAUAUACUGAAGAAGAGGUUUUAGGGAUUAACAUCAGGGUCCUCAUGAAACUGGAAAGAAUGAACAUUGUCGUAACUGUUAAAGGGCAUAAUGCAGAAUCCGUUAACAGUUUCUGCAGAGGCCAGGCACCAUUUUGAGCCCUUAGUUCUUCUACUGCCGUAGUAAGAAAAGUUUCUUCACCGUGUGGUGUUUUUUUGCAUGCUAAUCCUGCAGAGAAACAUUGUGUCCAACAAAGUAUGCUGGGUCAGCAAAAGCAAGAAACUUGUACUGGAAAGACAGUAUCCACAGAUAAACAGAAAUCCCCUUCGGAUAUAAUACAAAGUUUUCAGAAGAAAAGUCAGUUUAGGACCAUUGCUCCAAAAAUGGUACCAAAAAUUUUAACAUCUGGAGUGGUUUCUUGCCUUCAGUCAUCUUUGCCUGAGCCAAUGACACCAAUUUCAGCUUCAGGUUCUAAGCCCCUGGUGGUGCCAGCUCAGAACUAUGCUGUCAUGCAGGUGGCUGCUCACAAGGGCACAUUUUCCCUGUUGGCUGUGCCAUGUGUUGCGCCUGCACUAACACAACAAGUUCAGCAGUCGACUGUGGCUCCCUCUGAAAACCUAAAGCUGCCCAUCCCCAGGUACCAAUCUGUAAGAAAUAAGUUGCUGAGUGACAAAAAAACAGCACAAAUCUCUGGUUUGAGUGCACGUGACAAGAUUCCUACCAAAGCACUGGUCUCAUCACAGACUUCCCCCAUGACUGCUCUACCUGAAGACUGUCCUGAAGCUCAUUCCAGUUCAGAUUCAGCUGAGCAAGGGAUGAUAGCAGACUGUGAAUCAGCUGAAAUUGGAGUUGCCCCAUUAGUAAAUAAAAGCAAUUGUGUGGAAUCUAGAUCUCUUUUAAUGAAGAAGACUGAAAUUGCUAGCAAUAUUAUUUCUGGACCAUCUGUAGUUGAAGACUCUCUAUCCAAGCCAGCAAGUACAACUAAUCCCACAAAACUAAGUCUACACUCUGUGAAGACAGCAUCGGAAACCACAAGAGAGUUACUCCUGACAUCUGAGAAACUAAAGGAAAAACCCACAAAUUCUGCAAAUCCUGUUGCUGUCUUGUCACCAGCAGUUUUUGGUAGUACAGUUCAGAUGACUCCAUCAGCACCAAAAGGAAAACUCCCUAUUUUGCCUUACUCCAGAAUGAAAACUUCAGUGUUCUGUAAAUCUAAGCAGAAUAUUAAUGUUAUGGAUAUACCUGGUCAUUCACUAAAAUUUGAAUGUGAAAAGAUACCAUCUUUGAUGAAAGCCAAAGCCUUUGAUAAGCAAUUAGGUGUAUCAUUUACACAAGUCCCCAAACAAUCCAUUCAAGAAAAUACCUUCUCUCCAUCCAGCAAAGUAGAUGAUGUCGACAAUCUUAAAAAAUUGAGCAGUGCAACCUCUAAAAGAAGAGGCAGGAAAAAAAGAGCCCCGGAAGAUUUAUUGGCUUUUCAGGCCAAGCGAAGGAAAUGCAUCAUUAAUAAGUUUAGAGAAGGAAGAGAGAGGGCAAAGGUUGAUAUUCAGACACCUGAAGACAAUAAAGCAGAAGCAGUAAAAAAAUACCGCAGUAUCAGACCAAAACCAAUGGUAGUUGUGCAGGCAUUCGCACCGCUGACUCCUGCAGCAAUUGUAGAGACGCCGUCUCGUGAGCAAGACUUAUUUUUAAAUGGUUCACUCACCAAUAAAUGUUUAAGUUCCAAGCACAGUGAUGCUACAUCAGCUAAAUCAAGUGAUCUAAGUAGAGAUAUGUGUUCAGCCACCUCUAAGCCGCUGCACAGAUGUCAUGUUUGUAACCAUACAUUCCAGUUCAAGCACCAUCUCCAGGACCACAUGAACACGCACACGAGCAGGCGGCCCUACAGCUGCAGGAUCUGCAGGAAGGCAUAUAUCCAUUCUGGGAGCCUGAGCACCCAUAUGAAGCUUCAUCACAAUGAAGGCAAAUCCAAAAAGCUGGUGUGCUGUGAAUUCUGUGCUAAAGUUUUUGGCCAUGCGAAAGUGUACUUUGGCCACCUCAGAGAAGUCCACAGGGUUGUUAUCAGCACAGAGCCCUACACUAGCGAGCAACAGGUGCAAGAUUCUUUAAAGAAGAGAGACAGGAAUAUAAAAGAGGCAGAAGAAGAUGCAGAGAGGGGAAAUAAGUGCAGUUUUGAGGACCUGUUCCAUAACCCAGGAGAAGUGAAAUUACAGGUCAGAUGUGGUCGAUGCCAGUUUAUUGCAGAGUCUUUUGGUGAAAUGAAGUUUCACUUACUGUGCUGUCACGGAGAAGAGAUUCAGGGAAGAGUCAAGGAAGGGGUUUUUCAAGGAAGCAGAGGAACAAAGGGGAAACUGGUCAAACAUACAACCCACGUGUGGAAACAGCACAAUGAGAGAAGACAUUUAGCAAAGUGCAGUGCCCGUCAGGAGGAGCUGUAUAAUGUUCCAAAACCAAAGAGACAGAUGUACUUCCACCAUCAAAAUAAUGUCAAUAUUGUACCAAAAAGUGAACCAACCCAGUCAGGAAGUAGUGAAGCCUCUAAGGAGAUGCAAAAUGUAGGGUUUGGCACACCAAGGAAAAAAAUAGAAUUUUGGUCUAAAGCAGGCUAUAACUGCAUUUUAUGCAAACAGUUAUUUGGAAGAAAAGAGGAUCUUUGUAAUCAUUGGCUGAAUCAUCAUAAUUGUGAAGACCCUUCCACUUUAUGGACAAUUUUUACUUUGGUAUCAAAACAAGGAAUUAUUGAACUUUCUGAUAAUGGUGAAUAUUGAAGCUUAACUCUACAAUGCUAUGAAAAACCUUAGCUACCUUACCAAAUUGUUCUUUCACUGUCUUGCUAAACUAACUCAACAGAUGUAUCACUUAAAAGGUUUGUUAGUUGGGUUUGUUGGGGAUUAUUUUAAAGCCAUAUUAACCUUUAUUUUGGUGACUAGAAAAUGUGUUUAUUCUGUAUCAUUCCACAUGGGUACAUGGAAAGUGAUUAUGAAUCCCUGUACUUAAAAUUCAUGCUUAAGGAACUUUAUAACAGCAAAUAACUCAAUACUAAUGAUUAACCUCAAUGAAAUAUAUUUGCGAGUUAAAUUAUACUGUAUACACAGAAAUAAAUCAAUUUAUGUGAAGUAAUCUCAGUCUUAAAUGAAAUUACAGAC